AACUCGUCUUGCUCUGACGUCGAGACAAACGACUGUGACUCUACUGACUCUACUCACAAAAACGAAAACUACUUAUCGAGCUCCAAUCUUCACGACAUUCACAUCCCAAGAAAAGGAUGAAGAGAAGUCGGAUCCUCCUUGGCAACCGAGGAGCACGCUGCAGUGUGCGCUUAAAACCACUAAGCGUUCCACUAUGCUUGCUCGUCCCAUGCGUGUCCGGACAAGGCUGUCUUCACGGGACUUGCGAUAUCGUGGCAGGAGAUGGAUCUUCUGCGUCUGCUGGAGCUGCUGCUACUCCUGUUUCUACGUCCUCUGGAGGAUCUGUUGGCGCUUCUGCUGUUCCCGCUUCUGCUUCUGGUGGUUCCGCCGGCGCUUCUGCUGCUUCUGGUGGUUCCGCCGGCGCUUCUGCUGCUUCUGGUGGUGCUUCUGCUGCUGCUGCUGCUGCUGCUUCUCAGCCCGUUGGGGCAGAGGCUACCGCCUCGCGAGGUAUACCUCAAAUAAAAGCCGAGCCAGAUCAAGUAGUGACACUCCCUCCACCUCCAGAGGUUCCGAACUCUCUCUGUGUGUAUGGCCUCUCUGCGUGUGAUUGAGAAAAAACAAUGCUGACCAUACUGGUUGCAGAGUCAACAUCGUUUCAAAAAUGAAGGAGGUUUUUUUUCCAAAAUCAAGAAAGUGAUCUCAAGGAAGAGCAACAUUUUCCUUUCUCUGUCCAUUUUGCCCACAAUAUGUAUCGCACAAUAACAAAAACAAUUGCCACACUUUUCUUAUGAAUAUCAAUAUAGAAAUAACAAUUGGCACACUCUGACAAUGAAUCAGUGGAGUUACAUUCCCUAUUCUUUAUCCAAGCGCUCACAUCGAUCAUUGUAAAGUAAAUGCCAUUGACUUUCAUUUUAAAGGAGAUGCAGCUGCUGGUGGGGACGAUGGAGACGGUACCUUUGAACUCCAAUUUCCGAAGCCCAAACAGGGUGAUUUCAAACGUAAACGUAACGAGAAGCUCGGCAGCGGCCGAUUUUCUGUCUGCGGAACAAUAUCCAGUUUUUGGGACGAGGCCAGUCAGGAAUCUCAACCUACGAAGAUGCUGCUCAAAAAUGCCAACGAAAUGUGCCUAGACGCUGCUGCUUGUGCUAAGAGUGCUUGCAAGUUCAAACUCGAAGAUGGCCAGGAGACGUUUCCUCAUCUAGAAAGAUUGAACAAGGAGGAGCUUGUAUGUUGCGGAGUUGCUCCUCUACAUGUAGAUUCUAGAUUCUACUUACCUCUAUAGAGUGAAGUUAUAUUUUUAUAUAUCAAUCCUGAACACUUAUUUACAACCUUGACAAAGCCUGUCAGACCCAGCAUGAAGGCGUAUUUUCCAAUAGUACAAGAACAUCAGCAUGAUUUUUUGCGCCGGUUUUUAUUCAGAUCACGUCGAUGCGCGUUCGCGUUGAUCUAGAACUAAUUGCAUCAUUCAUGGAAAGAACCACACUCACACUCAGGAUUGGGCUCUUUUUCUCCCUCAAAUCUGCACCAUCGAGUCUGAGUGUCAUUGAAUUCUUCUCCUUGGUUUUCACUCAUCUCACCACUUUCAUCGCGUGCAGACACAUUGGGGUACAAUAACGAGGGCCUUGCGGGACUCCAGGUGGGCCUUAUUUCUUAAGGCUAGUUUUUCACUAUCCCAUGUGGACUAUGUAUGCUGAGUGGGAGCGUUCUUGAUUUCAAGGGGAAAAUCGGGGGGAAGAGGGGAACAGACUCACUCUACCCGGCAUAGUGAAAAACUCGCGUUAAAUUGCUUUGGAUGUGGAAAUCGUAAAUGGAGCAGAAGAAGGCGCGAGCGCCCCCAGAUUCGAUGUUAUUAUGAAAAAUGAGUUUUUCUUUUUUAAAUAAUAUGUGAUAACUUUUAGACUUAAUGGAGCAUCAGCAUACUUACGCAUGCUUCUUUACAAUUCAAUUUCAAGUGUUGCUUAUCAUCGGAAGUUCUUUGAAGAGGGAUCAUCGACAUCAUCACAUAAAUAUUGAAGAUGUAGAUAUACUUAGUGACCUCCCGCCUCCUGAUGACAGGUUCAUAUUCCUUUUCGACAUGAGGGAGAUACGAGCACAUGCGAUGGAGGUGGUGCUUUCUGACAAAGUUAUGAGCUAUUUUUCAUCAUCAGUAGGAAUGACUGUGAAGUAUCCUGAUUUGAAGGAUAUUAUAGAGACGCAUGAUACUAUUUUGACAGCCCAUGAAUCAGUCUCAUUCUACUCAGGAUUCAAGCACUGGUGAAGGCGAUGAAAAACUACCGCUAACAAACUUUUCCUGAUGGAGCUCAAAGACAAAGACGGCAAGGCCUUGAAGGUGAAGGUCAAGGGCGUGCGCAUCAUCCUCCAGUACCGAGAAAGCCCUACGAAGGCGUCGACGCGUACCAUUAUUAUAGAACAGAACGUGGUAAAAGUCCGUGUGCCUGGGUAUGAGCUAGAAAUUUGAUUAUGGUAUACCCACAAGAAGCUAAACGCAUAAAAUUUUGACGACCUUCCUUUUGAGACUUUUAAAUGAUCAGAUUCUCUGGCUUCAGGUACACCAGACGACAAAACAGCAGCUGGCAAACUCCGAGUAUCAUAUGGAUGGAGUUUUUUUUUCAUCUGAAAAGCGAUCCAUAGUUUUUCUUUUCGGGGGUGUGAGGUCGAUGAAGACCAAAGAAAGAGGUAACCAACCUCACUUUUUUUUGAUUUGUCUAGAUCGACGACAUACAUGGAUGAAGACAAAGCUCCAGUCAUAUGUUGCAAAAGCAACCGGACACGGCGCAGAAUGGAGUGCUAAUGCUCGAUAUGAGACCACCUGAUAUCGAGGGCCUUUUCCGAAAUCCAGGCAGCGGAUUCGACAACAGAAGAGCCGCUUUGCUCCCGUCGCGACUUUCUCUUCCAUUUAGUAUUUGAUGCAAUGAUGUUUUUAUCUACUUUCUAUCACGAUCUAUGUGCUGCAAGGGCAUCAGUGCUGUCUCAAACUCGAUCAUAAAGCUGAUUUAUCGAUCACGAACAAAAACGAAUGAAGAUUUAAGUUACAAAUUGAUAGUGGCGUAAUCUUGUGAGGUGGUACGAUGGACAUUCAUACUCAACAGGAGCGAAAGCGAUGUUGGAUUUUGUUUUCCGAAUUUCGAAUAAUCCCACUUACCAGAUCCUGACGAGGAAAUGCUGGAAAGCAGACCUCCCGGUAGCGUUUUUAACUAUGGAUUGCUACUUGACGCCUCAAAGUGUAGCUUUUUUGCGGCAGCUACAUACGACGAACAGUCACCAUGGAGCCAUUUCGCAGAAAUGCAAGAUGACCCAACAUUAAGGCACCUUCCUCUCCUGACAGGUUUUCUUGCUUGUGGAAUUCAUCUUUUUUGGAGGAAGAUAAAUUUUUAAGAUGAAAAAUUUAGGAAGAGGGAAAGGAAAUGGCCUAUCUUCUAACCUCCGCCCCAGCGGACCGUGUAGAGGUUUGCCACAAAGUCCUAAGUCAUGGCCUAGCCCGCAAACCCGAAGACGGGAAAAAAGUAGCCGCGUCCGUGCCUGUGGUCUACGUUCGCCACAAACAAAAAGACGGCGAGGUCCGUGAGCUUUUGCCCUUAUGCAUCCGCGGUAGUUCUUCAGCACAUGUCUCCUAUCGUAUGUUUCAAACUCAAUCUUUACACUCUUAUGACUAAGCAUUUUGGCUCUGGACGUUGUUCUGGCUAAUACUAUAAGUAGUUGGAGAAUUUGAUUAUCAGAACCUAGAUGACACAUACGGACAAACAGCAAGACGCACUACAGCUUUUUCGGCUCUGUGAUAGAAGGAGCGAGGCCCCUUGGAAGGCAGAGAAAAACUGGCGGCCGGUCCACUUCUGGGCCGCUUCUCAAGCUCCACAGGGCUCCGCGCCGUCUUCGGCGAUGGCGGGCCCGCUUUUGGAACUUUCUCGGGGCCAAGAGAUACCCCGGCGGACGUUCUGUGCACUUCCCAUCGGCCGAAGGGGUAGCCCGCCUUUCUGCUCCAGGACGGAAGUGGAGGGGCUGCAGAAAGGCGGCACAGCGCAAGCAGCCACUGCGCCGGCGCCACGCCUCCGGUCCUCGCUUGGUUUCAGGCUCGCGGCUGCCUCCGACAUAGCUAAAGCCAGAAGGCUAAGCGCUCGUCCGCUCGCUUUCCAUUGUCAACUUUUCAGCCGGCUCAUAGCAGUUGCCGCUGGCCUAGCUAGGUAGCGCUUGCCUUGGUUGCGCAUGUGGCAACGAUGUGUCUGAGGUUUUCUCACGUGUGCAGCUUCCUACUACUGGCGUUGCCUUUCAUCCGAGUGACUGUCUGAUUCUCUAAUACCUGGGGUGCAAGAAAUGGUUGAAGAAGCGGCAGUAGCUGCCUGGUCGAAGUCCGUUUGCACCGGAUUCAACUCCGGUUGUGCCGAACGAGCUGGAGGAUUCUGUCCCACCUCCGUUAAGAAUCCCAACGUUGGUCGAAGUAAAUCCCCUCACAUCUAUCUGAGUAUACCUUUUUAGCUACCCAGUUGCAUUUGUGUAACGCCGUCAGCCGCAGCCCCUUGGCCGUCUCGGCAGACGGAUUAAUCUGGCCUUUAUUUUGCUAGAAAUGAAGAUGCACGGGCACAGGGCUGGGCCAGCUGGCAAAAAAGCCAUCAGCCCCUUUUCAGAACUGUCUUGCGGUGGGAGCGGGUGGCCCGCGACGCUUCGGGGGCCACCUUCAAUUAGCUUGGCCCACCUUUGGACACAGCUCCGCCCGCCGCGACCCAUCCCUCGGGGGGUGGGCAACAUGUUGUCCGCUGAAAUGGCUUUUGUUGGUACCGGCGACUUCGGAGGGGGGGGUCAUCGUAUUCGGAAAAAGUUACCGAAAUCACAUUUUUACAUCGAUAAAAGCUAUCGGCGUAGAGUAAGUAUCAUAGUCGCUCUUUUCUAACACGUUGAAGCACCGAAAGCGCCUUUUGAUGCUUGGCAGUUUGUUAUAAAUAUCUGAAAGGACGCCCCUCCCAGUUCUAAUUUUCCGGAUAGAGAGGUGCUGCGGUUGGGAUGGCGCGCUUUCGCACUGACUGGACUCCACCAAAAGGCUGAGAACUCCUUAAAAGUGCCUUCGUUUAUGAAUCCAUCUACGCCUUCGACUUCGGCUCAGACUCAAGAUAGUCCACCUUUAGACAUGUCUGAGAAAGAUACAAUAAUACUGCGUCUGGUGCUCUUCGUGAUUCAGCUUGAAACUUCUGUGAAGAAAGUGGUAGGCCCCCUACUCUCUAUGGCGCUGCGCUUGAUGCAAAGCCGCGAGGGAUAAUUAAACGCCUAUUGCAUAUGUGUCUAAACUGAACUUUUCACGCCAAACACAAGAACCGCAGCACAGCAAAAAAACCAAAGCACAGUAAACGAAAAAAACGGAGCACAGCACACGAAGGGAACGGAGCACAGCACACGAAAAAAAAGAGCACAGCACACGAAAAAAACAAAGCACAGCACACGAAAAAAAACAAAGCACAACACACGGAAAAAACGAAGCACAGCACACGAAAAAAGACAAAGCGCAACACAUGAAAAAAGCGAAGCACAGCACACGAAGAGAACAAAGCACAACACACGAAAAGAGCGAAGCACCGCACACGAAAAAAACAGAGCACAGCAGGCGAAAAAAGCGAAGCACAGCACACGAAAAAAACAAAGCACAGCACACGAAAAAAAAAAAGCACAGCACACGCAAAGAGCACAGCCCAGCACGCUAAAAAAACAAGGCACCCCACGAGGAGAGCACAGCGCCAGCAACACAUGAGGAAAGCGGAACACAGCACACGACAACAACAGCAGCAGAAAGACACAAAAGCAACAACAACAACAACAACCAACAACAACAACAACAACAACAACAACAAGGCAGCCAAACAGCAACAACAGAGGCAGAAAGACACAGCGACGCCCACGAUGGCGAUGAAGCGAGCCCACCGACUGAGUGGGGUGGGAUUCUGUCUCAUCCUUGCAGCUGCCUGACGUAAAAGGGCUGGCCAAAUAAAGCAAGGCCUUUCCGCUCCUCGACCCCGCUGAGACAACAACAAGGACAACAAGAACAGAGGCAGAGAGGCACAACAAUAACAACAACAGCAACAACAACAACAACGCCAGGCGCAGACAAAUACAACAACAGCAAGGACAGCAGCAGCAACAACAGCCACAGGAACAACCACAGCAACAACAACAGCAACAACAGCGACAGGGGCAGGAGAGCAGAAAACAACGCCAGAAGACAACAAGGGACAACAGAAGGCAACAGAAAAACAACAGAGGGCAGCAGUUGCAAGAUGUGAACGCCAGCAAAGACCUUGCUGAAAGCUUGGCUUCCGAAUGUUUCCGAGGGGUCAGAUCUCAGACUUCCCGCCAGUGAGUCGAUGGAAACACCCCCCGCAAGAUGCCACGGACCGACGUCCCCCCGCCUCCCCGCAGAUGCAUAGCUAUCCACAAACGCACCAAGCUGCAGCGGGAUGGCUUCUGGCUGCGUGCAUACUUAACCGAAUUGGCCCACGCCGUGCCCAGGCCUCAGGCUGUUCGCUUAAAUGUGCGCAGUUUGGUCAGCGCUUUCUCUCCGUCAUUGGUUGAACUUAUCGCACGCGCCUACCCGUUAGCCCCUACCUAGACGCAUCGGAUGGCAGUAAAGAAAUAAGCCCAGCGAGCAAGGCCAGCAGACUCCCCCGCCGCCUUACUGCUGGGGGGGUUCUUUGCGUGUGGCUGGUAGUGUUCUUCCAGUGUCUACCUAGCACAUAGACACGCGCGCACGGGCAUAGGGUAGAGCCGACGCGCCGAGAGGCCUGCGCAAUUUGUCAGGUUCUGUAGCUACCUCCGUAGCUUCUUAAGGUCGGCGUCAGUUAUACGUGUAGGCGGCAGGGUACGCUUGUCGAACUCUCAACAAAAAACGCUAAGAGCCCUCUGAAAGUUUCUGACAGACAGACUGACAGGCCGCCGCCUUUCUUGCUUUUUUCUGUCAGUUUCUGUGUUCAUAUUUGGGGCUCCGCGCUUUUGUCUCUUUCCGUUGCUUUCUGUUUUCGCUGUUUCUUCCCGAAAGUUUCCGGCUUUUUCCGUUAAAAAUUGCUUUCGGAAAUUGACGGAAAGAAACGGAAAAAAACGGAAAAAACCCACAAAGACGGAAAACAGGCGGAAGCUUGAGUUGAAGAGCCCAAAUAUGAAAACGGAAAGAAGUAGAGGAAAAAAGCGGAGAAAGGCGGCGGCUUGUUUUUUGCGUUUUUUUUUUUUGCUUUCAUUCUUUUUGGCAAAAUGCUGACAAAAGCGGCAGCGCCUUCCUCUAUAGGAGUAGACGCAUCGACUUCGGCGCGCUUGCGUGGGUUUCUGGGCACAUGAAAGCGCUUGGCAUCUAGGUAGUGCAAGCGUGCGCAUGUAUAAAGCUUCACAUGCCUCCUUGCUUUCAUGUAGUAAGGAAGGAAGCGCGAGGGCGUCGGUGCAUAUGUCGAGCGAUGGGGGCUCGCUGGUUAGUUUUUGCCAGGCAGGCAGCCCCCCACACACUCACACGGAGACGGCGACGACCCAUCGCAGGAACUACAGGGGUGGAGGCUGACAGAGUGAGAGAGAGAGGCUGACACAUAAAAGAGCCAGAGCGCCCAUGCCUAGGGGCAGCGGGCUUAGCGUUUUGGGUGAAGGUGGGCCCGGUGUGAAAGACAGGGGCAGAGCCUGACAGGGCGAGAGAGCAACAAAGAGAGCCGCGGCGCGCGGCGGGAAUCACGCCACGCGCUUCAGCUUUUUGACUGGUCGGAGGCUUGUCUAUGCGUUGAACUUUCGGAAACUUUCGGCGAUCAGUUUCUUGGGCUUCACAUCUGAUCUUGCAACAACAAGGGACAACAGAAACCAACAGGGGACAACAAGAGACCACAACGGAGAGCAGCAGGGGACCAGCAGCAGGGGACCAGCAGCAGGGGACCAGCAGCAGGGGACCAGCAGCAGGGGACCAGCAGCAGGGGACCAGCAGCAGGGGACAGCAGAAGACAGAACGCAGCAGAGAACAACAGGAGACAACGGAAGACAACAGUAACAGAAAAGAAACGACAGGAAACAACAAGGGACAGCAGGAGGCAGCAGAAAACAGAGAGCAACAGAAAACAACAGGGAAAAACAGAGAGCGACGAAGGACAGAAGGAGGAAGCAGAAGACAGCAGGAGGAGACAGCAGAAAACAACAGGGGACAACAGAGAACAACAGGGACCAACGAGAGGCAACAGAGAGCGACAGAAAACAACAGAAGACGACGGGGAGCAGCAAGGAACAACAGGAGACAGCAGGAGGCAACAGAAAACAACAGAAAACAACAGAGAACAACAGAAAACAACAGAAAACAACAGAAAACAACAGAGAACAACAGAGAACAACAGAGAACAACAGAGAACAACAGAGAACAACAGAGAACAACAGAGGACAACAGAAAACAACAGACAACAAGAAAGAGCAACAGGACACAACAAGGGACAACAGAAAACCACAGGGACCAACGGCGAACAGCAGGAGACAGCAGAGGACGGCAGGAGACGACAGAGGACGACAGAGGACAACAGAAGACAACAGAAGACAAGACCAAGAGGAGACAAAAAAGGACAAGAGGAGACAGGAGAAGACAACAGAAAACAACGAGAGGGAACAGGAGACAACAGAAGACAACAGAAAGCGAGAGAGAAUUAAAGGAGACAGAAGGGAGCAGCAGGGGACAACAUGAGACACCAGGGAACAGAGAGCAACAGAAGACGACAGACGGCAAGAGGAGACAACAGAAGACGACAGCAGAAAAGGACAGAAAACAAGCAGCAGAAGACAACAAGGGACAAGGGCAGAAGACAGCGGAGGAGAAGGAGAGCGGAGGAGAAUGAACUGAAGGAGCCCGCGCGCCACCCGCAACUGAACCUUGGAGAGAAAAACAGAAAGAGACAGAAAACGAGCAACAGACAGAGGACAGCAGGGGACAACGAACAAGGAGCAACAGGAGACAACGGAGGAGAACGGAGAAGGGCGGAAGAAGUUCGCGCCCACCCGCUGAAACCUGGCGCGUGGAACCCCCCGCGAAAGGGUGGCGCAGUGAAAGAGGGCAGAGGCUUGAAAGAGCCGCGACGGGUGUAAAGAGGACGCGCGUGCGGCCAGCCGCUGAACCUUGGCGCGCGGAACCCCUUGUGAAGGGGCGGGGCUUGCAGUAGAAGAGAGGCCCGAAAAAGCCGCGACGGGGAUGGAGACCGACGCGCGCGGCGCCGGGCGCGCCGCCACCCGCUGAACUUUGGCGGGCGGAACCCCUUGCGAACGGGUGGCGCUGGGGAACCAGGUAGAAGCUUGAGAAAGCCUCGGCGGGGGCAGAGACACGCGCGGCGCUGGGCGCGCGGCUGCCCGCUGAACACGGGCGCGCGGGGCCCUUUGCGAGCGGGCGGCGCAGUGGAAGAGAGUACAGGCCGGAAAAAGCCGCGACGGGGAUGGAGAGAACACACGCACGGCCAGCCCCUGGGCCUUGGCGUGCCCGCGGAACCCCUUGCGGGCGGGUUUCGCUGUGGAGGAGAAGCCUGAAAGAGCCACGACGGGGGUAGGGACGCGCGCGGCGCUGAGCGCACGGCCUUCCGCUGCAGAACCUUGGCGCGCGGAGCGCCUUGGGGACGUGUGGCGCACUGGGAAAUACGAACUGAAGCCCGAAAAAGCCGCGACGGGGGUAGAGAGGACACACGCGCGGCCGGGCGCUCCUGAGCUUUGGCGCGCAGACCCCCCGCGAGCGGGUGGCGCAGUGGAGAAAAAAAGAGGCCCGAAAAAGCCGCGACGGGCGUAGACCACUGAGAGGGCAGACUGCAGAGAGGACACGCGCACGGCUCGCCGCUGAACCUUGGCGCGCGGCGCCCCUCCUUGCGAGCUACCAGGUGGCGCCGUGGAAUAGAAGCCUGAAAGAGCCGCACGCGACGGGGGUAGAGACGCGCGCGGCACCCCUUGCGAACGGGUGGCGCACACACUGGAAAAGAGUAGGGGCCUGAAAAAGCUGCGACGAGGGUAGGCAGAAAGGACAUGCGCGCGGCCAGCCGCUGAGCUUUGGCGCGCGGAACCCCUUGCGAACGGGUGGCGCAGUAGAGUAGGAGCGUGGAGUAGAGUAGGAGCUUGAAAAAGCCGCGACGGGGGUAGAGACGUGCGCGGCGCUGAGCGCGCGGUCACCUGCUGAGCCUUGGCGCGCGGAGCCAACCCUUUGCGAACGGGCGGCGCAGGCAGUGGAACAGAAUGAAUAGAGGCCCGAAGGAAAGAGCUACGACGGGAGGGAAAAGAUGAAAGGCCACGCGCGCAGCCGGCCGCUGAACCUUGGCGCGCGGCAAACCUUGUGAAGGGGUGGCGCAGUGGAAUAGAAGCCCGAAAAAGCUGCGACGGGGGUAGGCCCGGAGCCCCUUGCGAGAGGGCGGCGCAGCGGCAUAAAUAUUAGAGGCCCGAAACAAUCGCGACGGGGGUAGAGAGGACACGCGCGUGGCCAGCCGCUGGACCUUGGCGUGCGGAGCCCCUUCUUGCGAGCGGGUGGCGCAGUGGAAUAGAGGCCCAAGGCAGCACCUGAAACAACAAGAACAACAGGGGGAAAACACCAGACAGAGGACACCAGACAGAGAACAUCCAAGAACAAAAAAAAACCCCGACCUGCGACCCGACGCCCUCAGCCACUCCUUGCCCGCCGCGCAGGGUUCGUCCACCCUACCUCCCUCGGGGGAGCCCGGUGGCGCGUGCGCCUCCGCUUCCCCCGGCCGAUCGUUGUUCUUGCUCCCUACCAGUCUCUUGGGGCUCACCUCUCGGAAAUGUCUGCGGGAGUUGUUUACAUGGCUGCAACUUCUUUCUUCUCCAUGAGCGUUGAUGCUGAGCAAGUCCCAUCAUUUUUGGCUAGGGUUCAUCCACCGCUACGUACUAAUACGAGGGCCACUAAAUAAGUAGUAAAAUAUGGGUUCCGCAGUUUUGACGGGAUAGCAUUACGAGAAGUAAUGGUGGACACCGCCACAUCACUUGUAUUAAAGCUAAAAAUAUUAAGAAACGAGCUGCCUCGGAUGGCCGAUGGGUUUGUAACUCAGAUAUCAUAAUCAGAAUCAGAAUCUAGCUACUAACCGUACUUACUUCUAGCCUGUUUUAUAUUUUACGUUAAACUUGUACUUGUGUCUGUCUCUCCCAGCCCUUAGAUAUGCACUGUUCUGGUAUUCGGUAGGCUGAAUUUGAUCAUAAGGGAAAACAAGAAGAGAAUCCUUUUCAUCAAAUUUAGGUUACUAAAUAGCGGAACAAUUCAAGAUAGUGAGUUAGAACUAGAAGCAUUUUGACCGGCAUUACAGGUAGCAUCGAAUCGAUGCUCCAGUGGUCCUCCACUUCUUGCUCAACAGGUUUUCAACGUUUUGCCAUGUUUAAUAGGGCGAGCAGGAGGGCCGCAGCCCGAUUUCUCUAAUGGAAACCUGCAAUCGCCAGAGCAUGAUUCCGAUCGACAAAAAUAUCUCAGAGGUCACGAGAUCCAUACAUACGUUGCUGCUGGCGAUGGUACUGAUCCAGAAGGUGGCUACUUCGCUCAGAUCGAGAAGGACACAAAAAAACGUCGCGAAGAAUACAUCAACCAGCAGCUACAAAAACAUGAUGGGUACAAUUCGCAUUAUUCUCACGGCGCUGAUAAGGAGCCAAACGUCAUCAGAAAGGCGCUUUUUUUUAGCGGCCUUACGCCGUCUCCUCUACAGCUCGACCUCGACGCCACUAGUGGGUUUGCAUACCAGGACAAGCUCACAACUCUACCGAAGGAGUUUUUAAGGUCUUCAUCUUGUGUCGAGAUAGACUGUUUCCAGUGAGAAGGGAUUCGGGUUAAAUCAAACUAGGACUUCGACAGAGAACUUGAAAAGUCACUCAACAGGUCAAAUAACUGUAACUCAUUAUAGGCUUAGAAAUAUCAACUGCUAAAUUUCGCCAAGAGUUUCGUGACGCAUCUCACGAGCACCCCGCCAGAGACAGGAUACCGAAUAAGCAGAACGACGCCACUCGUCUUCCAUGAAAUAUUCGUCACAGGGGAUGCAGGGCAGCAUGGCUCUAGAUGGGAAGAGACUCAUCUACACCGCAACACUUGGUUCAUCCAUAGCUGUGACGCUGACGCGGCCUUCGGUCUUGGGUACAUUGAAGGGAAACCGAACUGGGCCUUGCAGCAACGCGGCUGGUCUGCAACCGACACGACUGUACCCGGCUCUCCUUGUCCGCCACCAGGUGAUGCAGCGAUUGUCCUUCCGCUAUAUCGUUUGAAAGAAGUGACAGUGAAUGAUGUCGCUGGAGCCGGAUCACCGAAAGCAUGGAACUACUUAUGAAACGAAUUGAUAGCUCAUAGUUUUCGUACCACGACCAUCUUUCAUACUUAAACUAGGAAUAUGAUCAUUGAUGAUCUUUACAAUUUCAUAGAGGAAGUCAUUAAAACAAGAUGUGCUUACUCAACCAGUAGCGCAGUUUCGUGCAAAAUGAAUCCUGCUUCUCAUCUUCUCUAGUCUUCUGGACAUGCAUAUUUUUUUCUUCAUAAGCAGAAAACACGAUCCAAGAAUGCGUCACGAUUCCGUUGGACAAACAAGAGAUGCGAACAUCGUCUGCGUCGUCCUUUGCUCAGUCCAACAGCUUGGUGCAGAACUUUAAGGAUAUAGUCAACAUUUCGAUUUCGAAAUAUACUAACCCUGAUGGUUGGAUACCCUACGCCCACCGUACAGUGGGGCAAAAUCCAGCUGACGCUAUCGGCUAGAUUCUGGCGCGCGAAAUCCUUUCUCAAUGCCCUUCGGGCACCCCCAUCGGGACCCCCCCCAACGGGAGGGUCCGACCAUCGCCCAACAGAGACUUUGAGAAAGGUUUUCGGGGAAGCCGUUGGCCCCACUCGUCGAGUAUCGUGUGCCAGGUCGCGCCCCGGGGCUUCGGUAAGAUCAACAGACAGAGUUCCUCCUCUAACCCUGAUGAUUGGAGUACGUUCUGGCCACGGCUCUUGCACGCUUUUGGAUACUCACCAGAGGGAAAAGAAGGGCUGUCUCCGUUUGGAUCCACAGAAGAGGACACUAAGCUUUAAGAAGGAUAGCACAAAAACUCGAUACAAAUUGAUAACGACCCCCAACCAUCUUCCCCGAGUAUGGUCACCCCCCACCCUUACUCCCAGGAAGAUGAAAGCAAGGCAUUCACAUCCAAAUAAGAUACCCCCAAACAUCUGUGUAUUUGUCAUGUUAUUUUUUAUUUCCAUUUCGAGCGACCAAAAAUUCAGAUGAAAUAAUCACUGCUAAGCUCGGAGGAGGAAAAGGUCGCUUUUUGCUAACAACGCUUAGAAUUCCUCUAAGAAGCGUUGUUCCUAAUCAGUGGGUUCUUGUUCUUGGUCGUUAUUGUCAUGAGUGUCGUCGCCGGUCUCAUGUACGCUAGGCUAUUCAAGCGUGGCAAAGAUGUUACUGACGCUGGAGUGAAGGCAGACAAGAGGAAAUCAGACGAAUCAAAAGGAUCAUUGCUAGGUUUAAGGCUCUCAAGGAAUCAUUGUAAUACGUAGGCGCAAAAAGAUGUAGCAUUAGCCUUGUUUCCUCCUGUAUUUCACUAGUAUGGCAAUGGAUUUAGCAGAUCUUGUGUGAUUUAUCUUUCUGAUUCGUAAGAAGCACUGAGUGACUUGGAUGUCGAUAUACUGUGUCAUGGAAGAUGAGUUGAUGUGUGGAGCAUUUUUAUAGUACAGCCAUUCAAUGAAUGGUUUUAGUACUAUAAAAUGGCAUUCAUAACUUCUAAUAGAUCACGAUAGCGGCAUUUCCUACAUAAUACUCAGUAUACUGAUACCCGUUAAGUGGACUACCUAGCCCUUACUAUUUCAAUUUCUAAUGCGUACAACAAUUACCGAGGACGCUGAUCAUGCGCAGUGCACCACCGAGCUGGCAAUGUUGACGAAGGGAGACCCUUUUAAUCAGCUUUCGCCUGGUGACGAUGAUGAUGCAGCUAAGGAAACGACGCCACUGGUGACAACACAGAGUGACACUGCGCGACAGAGGGCUACAGCAGCAGUCGUCAAUCAUCAGAGGCACUCCUCAGAACAAUAAUAGUAGGAUCCGUACUAGUGGUGAGAAAUGUGGUCGUUUGUAGUAACUGGAAGAACCGACUUACACUUAAUAAAAUGGCACUGACUACAGUUGUGGACGAGGUGGAGAUUCAAACUCAUACAUAGGAAGUGCAAGUUGUUUUGAUGUUGUUCUAAUAGUGGUUAUCCGUCAGAAUGAUUAGCUGGUAGAUAUCUUCAGGAAAAUCUUCGGCAAGUUGCGGAAUAGAGUCGAGUCAUUAUGUCGGCUCAUUAAUGUUAAUCAAUCAUCAAGAAAAAAAUUGAUGACCGACUCAUGAUACUGAUUCACGAUUUACUAGUAAAUAUUGAGGCUUUUCUCUCACAGCGACCUCAGACUUGAUAGAUUGUCUUCGUUCUUUUCUUUGAAGACAGCCUGUCUCUUCGUGCUACACUAAUUAAAUUUCAUGCUACACAAACACUCACAAGAAAGCUUGUUCGCAUAGUCCUUCAUGUUUUUCUUGUACAAAAUAAACAUUAACAUCUUGAUGAGAGUUCUCAACACGACAUUAGAAGCCAUAAAUUUAGUAAUUUCUUGAGCAAAUAGGUAAAGAGGUCCUGCGAGUGCUCAGAAAGGAAUAGGAAUACUAAGUUUAGAAUUUGUCAUCCGUCCUCACCUCCGUGUCUCAUGCACAUAUUUAUUGGAAUGGAUAGAAGAAGAAGUCGUCAGGGAAAUCUCAGGCAACUUGCCGAAUAGAUUCGCAUCGUUAUUAGAUGUUACUAGUUUUAUCUAUUACGAAAACUUGACUAAGAAGUAUCCGGGUAUUUGUAGAUUCUUCCAGAUAGGUCGUGGCCUAUUAAUUGAUUACAUUUCAAACUGACCAUGACCAUGAAACACUUGACCAUGACCAUUUUUACGCAAUCAUGAUUGCUGCAAAAAAACACGUUUAAGAAAACGAUUUUUAGAGGACAACCACAAGAAUGUUGAGAAUCUGAAUCGACCACGGGAAUACGAAUAUUAGAACCAUGAUAACCUCCAACAGCUGCUGCUGCGAAGAAGAUUUUGUUUAUUGAAGUUUAAACUCAAC